AUGGACCCCGCUCCGCACGCUCCCAGGGCUCCAUGGGACUCGCAUCGCUCCGGGCCACCGAACCAGCACAACUCCGGCCUCCUCGACGGUCAGCCCACCGGCGUAAGCCUCCGUACGCCUACGGCAGCGGCAGCCAGCCAGUCGCCGUCGUCGACCCCCGACCCCCCCGCUGACUGCAGCUCGUCCUCGGUACCUCCCCGACCGCCCGCCCCCUCCUCCGUCCUCCGCCUCGCCGUCGGCGAUCGUCAGGGCCGUAUCGCCCUCUGGGACUUCCGAUCCCGCAAGAUCCUCCGCUGGCUUGACCUCGAUCUCGGAUCCAAGCUGGGGAUCCAAGAUCUGUGCUGGAUCCGAUCCGAGACCUGGCUCCUCGCUUCGAUCCACGGCCCCUCGAUGAUCUCGCUCUGGAAUCUUACCUCUGGUCGCUGUACCUGGAAGUACGACUCCUCGCCGGAGUAUUUGAGCUCUAUCCGCCGAGAUCCGUUCGAUUCGAGGCACUUCUGUGUGAUCGGGCUCCGAGGGUUCUUGCUUUCUGCGAUCGUGCUCGGUGACGGAGUCGGCGAUGUCUCGAUUCAGGAGCAUCAGAUUCUGAACUCCGGCGGAGGAGAGCUCGAGAAGCUCGAGAAGGAGAAGGAUUUGUUGUCGUCGUCGUCGGCUUCUGCUAACGUGUCGCCGGCUUCGGCGCUCUUUCCUAUGUUUUUCGUGAGAUUUUGCUUCUCGCCGAGGUGGAGGCAUAUUUUGACUGUUGUUUUCCCGAAGGAGCUAAUUGUUUUUGAUCUUCAGUAUGGGACGGCGUUGUGGUCGGCGUCGUUGCCGAGGGGGUGUAGUAAGUUUAUGGAUGUUAUGCCGGAUUUGGACCUGGAUCUUCUGUAUUGUGUGCAUUUGGACGGGAAGCUCAGCAUUUGGAAGCGCAAAGAGGAAGAACAGGCGCAUGUGCUUUGUACAAUAGAAGAGCUAAUGCCCUCCAUUGGAACAACUGUUCCAUCGCCAUCUGUUCUUGCUGUCAGCCUCUGCCAGUCAGAAUCUGUCAUUCAGAAUGUUGCCAAGCUUUGCGCAGGCGCAUCAGACAUUGAAUCUUCCUUUGAUACAACUUGCUUAGCACCUUUAAAUCUUUGUAAUGGAAGCGUUUAUGUUUGCAAGGCAUAUUUACUCUCUAUUUCGGAUGAUGGGAAAAUCUGGAAAUGGCUUCUGACUAAUGACAAAGCUAAAGUUGCUCGGAAACCAUUCAAUAUGACUACUAUUAAUGUCAGUGGGGAAACAGGUUCAGAAAAACAUACCACAUCCAGUGAUUCUUUUCUUGAAGUUGUUGCCGAUGUGGUUAAGGAAUCAGAGCCUCCUGUCAGCAACAGUUCAUCUCAGCAAAUUAGUUCAAGUUCAAAUGUAGACCUUUUCAUAAAGAUUAGCUUGAUCGGUCAACUUCAACUUCUUUCUUCCACAGUGACAACUCUAGCUGUACCUUCUCCAUCUCUUACCGCUACAUUGGCCCGAGGUGGUAACAAUCCUGCUCCGACAGUUCCACUUGUCGCUUUAGGAACUCAGGGUGGAACUAUCGAUAUCAUUGAUGUCUCUGCAAAUGCAGUGGCAGCAAGCUUUUCUGUUCACAGUGGCACUAUCAGGGGAUUGAAAUGGCUUGGGAAUUCCCGGCUUGUUUCAUUCUCACACAGCCAGGGGAAUGACAAAUCGGGAGGCUAUACUAACAGACUUGUCGUAACCUGUCUUAGAAGUGGCCUUAAUCGUCCAUUCCGUGUACAUCAAAAGCCAGAGCGUGCUCCAAUAAGAGCUCUUCGUGCUUCCUCAUCUGGAAGGUACCUCCUCCUAUUGUUUCGUGACGCUCCUGUCGAGGUUUGGGCUAUGACAAAGACGCCCAUAAUGCUUAGAUCGUUAGCACUUCCAUUCACGGUAUUGGAGUGGACUCUCCCAAGUGCACCUCGGCCUAUUCAAAAUGCUCCUGCAAGGCAAUCUUCGUUCUCAUCUAAGGAACAGUCAUCUGGUGCAUCUUCAGCAAGCAAUUCAUCUUCUCCAGAUUCCAAGGUAACAAGCUCUGAAACUACUGGAGAUGAGACGUCCGAGAGUUUUGCAUUUGCAUUGGUUAAUGGCGCACUUGGCGUAUUUGAAGUUCAUGGACGACGGAUACGAGAUUUUAGACCUAAAUGGCCCUCCUCAUCAUUUGUAUCUUCAGAUGGAUUAGUUACUGCUAUGGCAUAUCGUCUUCCACAUGUUGUCAUGGGAGAUAGAUCAGGUAACAUACGUUGGUGGGAUGUAAUUACAGGCCUUUCUUCAUCAUUUAGUACUCAUAGAGAAGGAAUUAGGAGGAUUAAAUUCUCCCCUGUUGUUCCUGGAGAUCGCAGCCGAGGGAGAAUUGCUGUACUUUUUUAUGAUAAUACUUUCUCAAUUUUCGAUCUAGAUACAGCAGAUCCACUGGCCAAUGCCCUUCUGCAGCCGCAAUCUCCUGGCACCCUUGUGUUGGAACUUGAUUGGUUGCCAAUGCGAACAAAUAAAAACGAGCCAUUUGUAUUAUGUCUUGCUGGAGCUGACAGUAGUUUCCGCCUUAUCGAGAUUAAUAUUGAUGAUACUGGGGCCAGUCCCCGCAUGCAGCCAAGAGCGAUCAAGGAAAAAUUCCGGCCAAUGCCAUUGUGUACACCUGUAUUAUUCCCCACUGAGCACGCCCUGGCACUACGGAUGAUCUUGCAGCUGGGUGUAAAACCGUCUUGGUUUGAUCUCACUGGUACAGAUAUAGAUAUUAUGCAUAGCCAUGUACCUGAAGCUGGGCCAGCAUCUGUUGGAGACCUUCGAAGCUAUAUGAUUGAGUCAAAUCUUCCUGCAAUAGGUGAUUCUGUUGUGCCUGAAUUGCUUCUGAAGGUUUUAGAACCUUACAGAAGAGAAGGUUGCAUACUUGAUGAUGAAAGGACUAGACUAUAUGCUUCUAUAGUGAACAAAGGUUCUGCAGAAAGGUCUGCUUUUGCUGCUGCUAUAUUUGGAGAAUUUUCAGAAGCCCUAUUCUGGUUGCAGCUACCUCAUGCGCUCUCCCAUUUUGUGGAUAAAUCAGCUAACCGAACUCGAGAAACAUCAAAAUCUUUGCAAAUAUCAGAGGCUGAAAGUGUAUCCAUGUUGAACAGGAUAACAUCAAGGGAAAGAUCUGUGUCAACCAAGAGAAAAAAAGACUCUAUUAAUCGUGGCCCACUUAAUCUUAUGUCCUUUAAGCAAGAGGAAUUGUGGGAAAAUGCAAACGAGCGAAUCCCCUGGCAUGAGAAGUUGGAUGGAGAAGAAGCGAUUCAGAAGCGUGUUCAUGAGCUCAUAUCUGUUGGUGACUUAGAAGCUGCUGUAUCUUUACUUCUCUCCACCCCUCCGGAAGGAUCUCACUUUUAUCCCAAUGCGUUGCGUGCUGUAGCACUUUCUUCUGCUGUGUCAAAAUCGCUACAUGAACUUGCUGUGAAGGUGGUUGCAGCCAACAUGGUGAGGACUGACAAGUCACUGUCAGGGACUCAUCUUCUUUGUGCUGUUGGCAGGUAUCAGGAAGCAUGCUCCCAGCUUCAAGAUGCUGGGUGUUGGAUAGAUGCUGCUACAUUAGCUGCUACGCAUUUGCAUGGAUCUGAUUACAAAUUGGUACUGCAAAGAUGGGCGAGCUAUGUUCUGUAUACCGAACAUAACAUUUGGAGGGCUCUUAUUUUGUAUGUUGCUGCUGGAUCUCUUCAUGAUGCAUUAUCUGCACUUCAUGAGGCCCAGCAAUCAGACACUGCAGCUAUGUUAUUAGUUGCUUGCCAUGAAAUAUAUGCAAAACUUACCUCUGAAAAUGAAGCUGUUGAUUGGGCUUCAGAAAUCUCCUCAGAAAAGAAACAAAAAUUUCGCUUGCCUGGUAGGAAUUUUGAGAUAAAGGAGCUGGACAUAGUGAGCGAGUAUUAUGGAGAAUACCAGAGAAAGUUGGUACAUUUGUGCAUGGAUGCGGUACCACUUUUAGAAUGAUACUUUUGCAAAACAUAUUUAUUGUUUACUGAGAAAUAUAUUUUUGCGAAGUAGUGGGGAGUACUAUAUUUCAGAAAGGAAAAAGGAAGUUGGGUGUCGCUCUCUCCUAUUCCUGUUGGUUAUAACAGCAAACCUCCUAGAUGCUUAAUCACCUCGAUCCUGUUGUCUGAAGCUAUCUAUAGGGAGAAUAUUUAUUGUCAGAAGAAAAUUAGGAGAAAAAUGUUGAAGCAUAGAAGCAAUUUUGAAGUAAAAUAGAAGAAAAAGCAUGAAGCAAGGAAAUAAUUUUGAUGGUCUCCGCAAGGUGGUCGGUAGAGCAUGUGAAGCUGCCCUUAUUCCUUCGUUUGUCGCUGAGGACUGCCGAUAUGAAAUUGAUUGUGAGAAGAGGAGCACGGUUGAAAAAGCGCACAUAUUCUGUACGUGAUAUGUGUUCAUCUCCAGCAUUGCCACAAGAAAAUACAAAAAUGUCUAAUGAACUGAUGAAAUCUGAUGGGAGAUGCUACGGAGAGAGAUACUCGCGUGCGAUGUGUUUUGGUGAUGUGUACCACAAUGUAAUUGGAUUUACAAAAUAUUCGUUUUUGCGGCUUUCAAGUCAAUAGAUACGAGGAGAAAGGAACUUGCUUCCUAUCUUUGUACCUGAAAAAUAUUUUUAUAAAUUUAUUUAUUUGAGAAGUCUUUUUUACCA